UACUCAUCUAACAUUGAGUCGAUUUUUGUAUCCCUAAUUCCUGUCCAAACCGCUUGCUUCUUUUAAUAAGACAUUUUGUAACCUACAAAAAGUUAACAUUACAAACACACUCGAUAAUGUAGUAUAUGGCAAAAGAAUUACCAAAUAAAAUAUCCAACGUAAUUGCUUAAACAUAAUAUGUCCGCUUCAAAUGCGACCCACACGCAUCUGAGUUCAUCUGGAGGUGCAUCUCAAAUGGCAACAACUCAGGGUCACUUGACAGCCUCAGCCAUAACAUUAAAUUUUCGAGAACUUAUCAAGGAACCAAAGGGAUUAGAGGAUGCUGCAAACUACUUAUUUCAGGGUCUUCUGGAUGAUGUAGUAGCAGGAAUUUUUAUAGAAAUUCAUCAUUUACGGAAGACAGGCAAUCUGACGGCUCUCGACGGAGUCGGGGAAGAAAAUGCAGAAUCUGCUUACAGGAUUUGUGAGAUGCCAAAUCUAGAUAUAUUCGGCAUAUCAACUGCAAAAAAACCAAUGGACUGUACCUGUCCACAUUGUGACAGAUUAGUAGCGGCGGCUCGAUUUGCACCACACUUGGAGAAAUGCAUGGGCAUGGGACGCAUUUCUUCCCGUAUUGCUAGUCGGCGGUUGGCAACUAAAGAGGGCGCUAGUGCCAGCUCUUCCUCAACUUCAACAUACAUUCAGUCAGGUGGCAAUACAGGCGGUACCGAUGACGAAGAUGAUGUGGACUGGUCGUCAGAUAAGCGUAAAAAGAAGUCGACACAAAACUCUCGAAACAACGGAUCCAAAAAGAAUAAUGGGAAAAUUUUUUAGCAUGGCGUCUCUGAAUUUAUUGUCCCUUGUUAUUAUCUCCAUUGAAUAUAAAUCAAUACAUUUUGAGAAACAUGA